CCAACCACGGCCGAGAGCGACUGGGACACGGUGACGGUGCUGCGCACGAAGGGCCCUACGGCCGCCCAGGCCAGGUCCAAGCAGGCUAUCUUAGCAGCACAGAGACGAGGAGAGGAUGCAGAGACUUCCAAGAGAUGGGCUGCUGGCCAGAACAAACAGCAUUCUAUCACCAAGAACACAGCCAAGCUGGACCGGGAGACGGAGGAGCUGCACCGUGACAGGGUGACCCUGGAGGUGGGCAAAGUGAUCCAGCAGGGUCGGCAGAGCAAGGGGCUCACGCAGAAGGACCUGGCCACGAAAAUCAAUGAGAAGCCACAGGUGAUCGCGGACUAUGAGAGUGGACGGGCCAUCCCCAAUAACCAGGUGCUGGGCAAAAUCGAGCGGGCCGUCGGCCUCAAGCUCGGGGGGAAGGGCAUUGGAAAGCCCAUCGAGAAGGGGCCCAAGGCGAAAUGA